AAAGAGUCACGCCCAUCACCAGCAGCACCGCGCCGCCACGUGCAAAAAAGAAUUCUCUGUCAAGUUGGCAUUGUAAUACUUUUUCGUCACUUUCAAUGCAGUCAAUUUACUUCUUCUUUGCCAAUCUGAUGCGCAACAUGCUCCAGAUGCUAGGCCUCGCGUGGCUCUCCCUUGGCUUCACCGCAAACGCGGACAGCGCCGACAGACCGUCGCUGGCGGCCAUGGAGAUCCCUGGAUCUGGUGAAUUUGCCUCUAUGGACUUGGACGAUGCCCUCGCCAAGCUUUCAGACGGUGCUGCGCUGCCGAUGGAGACGAGACGCGCUUUGGAGAAGCAGCGUUUGUUUGCCAUGCUUGAGCGAGAGUCUGCGCCGUGGAGCAUGAACCACCCUCGCCAUAGACUGCUAGAUGCGCUGCUAGCGUACCAAAAGUAUUAUGAGCGCUCUGUUAGCGAUAUUGACAAGUUUCGGACACUGUUUAAAGGUGUCAACAAGAACCAGAAAGCCAUUCUCGAUUCCGCAGUCAAGUACUCUAAAAAGUUUGACCGCGUCGAGGCAAAGCUCAAGGAAAACCAGAAGUUGUGCGACAAGAUCUCCAAGUUUGGCAUGAAAUACUACAACAUCAGCGCCGCUGAGCUCAAGAAGCACGAGCACAUUAUGAAGGCCUCGGGUAAGAAUAUGGAUAGAGUGUCGGCAAGCCAGAGUUUAAAGCACUUUGUGCGCGAUUGGACCAGUGCAGGUGAACUCGAGAGGAAAAACACCUUUCCCUGCCUCAUUGAGACCAUGGACACAAUGUUCCCCGAACGAAAGGAGGCUGCCAGCCCGCUCAAGGUGCUGCUACCGGGUUCGGGUUUGAACAGACUGGCACACGAAAUUGCAGCGCUAGAUGGAUUUGAAGUUGUCGCCAACGAGUGGUCGACUUUUAUGAACGUGGCGUAUAGAUAUCUGGAAGCCAACCCCGAUAAGAACGCCUCGACGUUCCAUCCUUUUGUAGAUGGAUGGUCUCAUCAUGCCAACGAGAACGACAUGUUGCGCAAGCUCAGCUUCCCGGAGCGCAAAGCCGACCCCGACUCAAUCCUGGUGGUGGAGGGUGACUUCACUACGGUCUUUGCAACAGAAGCGGGCACCUACGACAUCGUCUUGACGUACUUUUUCAUCGACACGGCUCGCAACUUGAUGGCCUACUUUGAUACCAUCAAAAUGGUACUCAAGCCUGGUGGUAAAUGGAUCAACUUGGGCCCUCUUCUCUACGGUACGGGUCCAUUUGUGCAGCUAUCCCUGGAGGAAGUUAUACAGGUUACCGAGGCCAUGGGAUUCAAGUACCUCGACACAGAUGAGAAAUGGGGCGACAUUACGCUGGAGGGCAGGACGCCGCGGGGUAUGGAGGCGGUCUACAGUUUCAACGAUAGAGCAUUGACGAGGAGUGCAUACAAGGCGCAAUUUUGGGUAGCGGAAAAGAAAUGAAGACAUGUACAACAGACGAUAUAUAAUAUGUAGAUGAUGAUAUACUAUGGGACACGAUGAUGAAAUUGCCCAAAUCGAAAAAUAUGCAGCACAAUUCUUUCGCUUACCCCUGAGCCUUGACACCAUCAUCGCCAAUGGGAACAAUGACGGUAUAACUCAUCGGGUUGUUGCGCGGCUGGACACCCGUGGUCAUAAACAACGGCGUCAUUUCACCGUCGUCGGAAAAGUACAGUUGGGGUCUCUCGCGUCUGAAAAAGUCAAUGGUGCUUCCGUCGCUGUACUUGACCUCGGUGCUGAACGCCAACGACCUAUCAACAAAUGUCCAUGGGCCCUUGUAGUCUCUUGCAAAUGCGUGGCGGCCAACCUUGGGUCCGUUGCCAAAGCCACCAUCUGCUUCCAACGAGUGCAGCAGCAUGUGCCAGUUGCCGCGCUUGUCACGCCAGACAAACGGAUCUUCGUUGCCGUUUUCGAAAAUAGGAUCCGGGCCAAUCUUGGUAUAUGGGCCCAAAUAUCCGGUCGGCGAAACAGCAACAUUAAUCUGCUCUGCACCACCGCAGUCGUACGGACAUCCUCUGUAAACAAGAAGCAUGCCAGGAUCCUCCUCGCCACCUGCAGAAGCGUAGGCAUUCGACGAGCCCGAGCCAGCACUUGCAUGUGCUCUGGCACCAGUACCGGCCUUGUGAAGCGGGAAGACCGUGGGGUUGGUCACGUCGGCGUCCCAGCUGCUCGAGUUGUCGCCCUUGAAGACUUGGCCGUGCGGGUACCAGUGCUUGAGGUCCCAGCUAGACAUGACGGAGAGGCCGCUUUCACCAUUAUUUGCGUUGCCUGGUCCGCAGGUAAACCUGUUAAAUGUGCACUUGUUGGUCACAACCUUUUGCUUGCAUCCAAUGUAGUACAUGAGCCAUUGCUUAUCCGCGGGGCUGUACACGACAGUGGGGUUGUGUGCAAAGGCGGGCUGGAUCUCAGCGGCAAACGAAUACGGCCCGGCAGGCCCUGUACGAGACUCGGCGCGGAUGAUGCGGCUGUACGGCGCCCAGUAGUCAAGACCGCAGCCAUGGCUGAAUUCGGCAGCGAACAAGUGGUGCAGGUUCUUGUCCGUGGGGUCCUGGACAAUCUUGGAUCCCCAGGACGAGGUUCCCGAAGCAGUCAAGUUGUAGCCUGUGUUGAGGUGUGCUGGGCGAGUGUCGACUACGCCGCAAUCGGCUCCUACCCAGCCCUUGUCACAGGCACAGGUUCCUUGUGGAGAGCAGACGCCGUUGAGAGAGCAGUCCUCGUCGCUGGAACAUGAGGCGUUGGCCACGGCGAAGAGGGCGCCGAAGGCGACAAGUUUGUUCCAAGGAGCCAUGGUUUUCGGUGUGAUUGGAAGUGUGGUUUACCUGUUUUUGGACCCUGGAGAGAGGAGAACCCCGGGUUAUAUAAGGUAGUAGCGAGUUACGCGGGGGUACGGUUGCCAUGGUCUAUAUUAGAUUGUGGUUGGUCGGGUCGAUCGCUGCGGAGCCGUCGGGUAUUUUUGGUUUGCGGGGAAGCGACAAUGCGGACAAUGGGCGACGGACAAGAAGAGGGGUCAACGGUACAGAGGAGGUUGAAUGAGAGAAUGAUGUGUGGUUUAUAUGUGAAUGAAUAUGUUGGAACGUCUUCUGUAUUUUAUGAGGUUAUUUUUAUUAUUGAUGGGGUUGUGAUGUUGUAAGCAAGUCGGCGGCGAUGUGGCGUCGGAUGUUCGUCCGCCAGUGUAGGUUCAUGGCGACGGCUCAUUUUGUAUUAACUUAGUUAGGUGUGUCUCCU